UCUUCCAAUCAUGCACACUAUUGAGGAGAUCAAGAAAUCUAAAGGAUACAGGGAUGCCCCAGACGCACCCAGUUUCUCACUUGGGUUUGAUGAUGUUACCCAGAAGAGCCCAAUUAAAUCAACUACUGACGAUUUUAUCACCUCCUCAAUGUUUGACCAACUUUGUGAUGAUGCCAUGAAGAACUCAGCGAAGCAUCAAGAUUACUCCACCAUAAACACAAACCCCACCAUAAACACAAACCAUUUGAGCCCGGAACAAGAAACCAUAUACAAUGAAAUUUGCAAGUGGAGGUCGCGGUCCGGUGCUGAUACCAGUCCGGACGCAUUCAAGUCAAAUGAAAUCACAGCUACUGCGAGUGAGCUAGCAAAUAGCAUGGCCAUGGGCAGAUCGCUAAACACAAUUGCGCUCCAAGUUGGGACAUUUGUAUUGUCGAAAGAUCCAGCACAAAGGAGGAAGAAAAUAAUGUCACCAUGGGUUGGGUUGAAGAUUAUGACACCAACAGAAGCGUAUUGCAGGAUGAUUGAGAAAGCAUUUGAUUUCCUCAACACAGAAUAUGAUCUAGUAUGCUCCUGA